AAAGCUUAUAGAGCUAUCAGUAAUUUAUGACCACAUCCUUAAUAACACGUACCUGCAUAGGCCCUUAACUAAGUUUUGUAGGCCCUCGUGUUCAGUACAGUCUCUCAACCUUGCGCGCAACCUGGUAGCACGUAACAUAGCUCUUCACAUCACAAAAAGCUCACCCACACUUGUUCGGACUGCCUGUGGCCAUUCUCCCAGCUGAUAAUCGAGGGUAACAUCUGGUCAUGGAGAGUGCAGAUGAUCAGGGCAGUGAUGAUGAAGCUCAACUCGUUGAUAAUAAGAUUGAGGUGCUAGCAUUGGCAUUCCCAUGCUCUAUUGACUCCGGUCUUAAUGCGAAAUCAUUUGUUGAUGACAUGAUUAGGAGAGGAAGCCGUCUUGAGCUGUGCAAUAUUCUUGGUGUUCCUGAAAAUUUGCAAGAUCAAGAUCUAGUCACUCUAGCAAAGAGAAAAUAUGAGUCUACUAAAUUUGAAGACAAUACCCAAAUGAUGGAUGAUUUCGAUUCGUUUGAAUUCUAUGCAAAAAGAGUUGGUGAUAUGUUUCCUACAAAGGAUCAUAGGGAGCAUUGGUCAUACACUAAAUUUGGUUUCAUGGACGCAGUGGACGAAUCAUUUGUAGAGCAAUGUAGGCAUUUUCUCGUUGGCAAUCCUGAAAACCCAGCCCGAAUAAAUAAAAUUGUUUCAGUUCUUUGCCUUACAGGCCACGGUUUGUCCUCCGAAACUGCCACGAAGUUACAAAACAAUCCUAUUCCUGUUGGAGAGGUGCAAACUCUCAACAGGAAGUACCUGCGUUGGGAUUUAAAAGAUUGUAGCACAAUGAUGGGUAAGGAGUACACGCCCCAUACCGUGACUAGGGACGCAUCUGCUGGGGAUGUGAUUGCAUUUCAGUCCGGUCUAUUGUCUCCAAAAUGGGUCCUCGAUCAGCUAAAGGAACGGGAUCGUAAACAAUUCAAAAGCCUAGUGAUUAUUAUCGUUGAUGCCUGCUAUUCUGGCCAAUGGGCUACUUACUUCGAACGCAACAAAAGUCUACUAGAGUACACGAAAAUAAUCGUUCAAACUGCUUGCAGUGGUGACGAAGUCUCUUAUGGUAACCUGUUCAUACCAUUGUGGAUUGAGCUCCAGAAAACCAAUCUUGAGGACAUUCAAGCUUUGAAGUCUCCUGCUGCUGAUUUGGGUGACUUGCAUGAACAGAUCGAUGACAUAGGACUGAAGCAAAAUCCCUCGCUGUAUUGUGAUCCUGGUAUUCCAUUUCAGGGUCCGGAUAUUAACGGAGUGCGUGAGAUAAUACGAGAUGGCAAUACUUUUCGUUUUUUCAGCCAGCCUGAUUUCUUUCUACGUUUUUGUGUUGAUCAUGUAAACAAGAGCAUUGGAGCAGCACGAGGUGGUACUCUAGAGGACAUCGAGGAAAUGAAGCAAGCCUUUACAGAUGGGUCAAUCAAGAUACUGUGCUUUCGGUUGAAAAUUUUUGAUAAAGAUGGGACGCGCCAACUUUCUGGAACUCCGAUGGCUUUGAUUUUGGUUGAAUGGUCAAAAGCUGAUAGGUCUAGACAACGCCUACAUCUUCACCUUCAUUUCGAAGCAUUUUCUGAUCCUCUAAUUUUGAGCUGCUUCAGUAACAUCACUGUUAUCCCCAAACAAGCCAUUGUUGUUGGUACAAUUAAAUGUAUCACAUUGUAUAAAGAAGAUCAUAAAAAUGACAAGAAGGACUAUGAAAAGUAUUCACGUGAUUCAAAUGAAGCCAGGACUAUCACUGAAGUCUUCACUAGUUUCGCUUCGAGAACUCUGAGGAUCACGUCUGGUGAUUUGUGUAAUCGUACACAUUGGACGAACAUGAAUAAGGCAAAACCCUUUCAUUGGAUCCGAUCCAGAACCAGCAUUAUUGAAGAAUUCAUGCCCAUGAGCUCAGUAUAAUUUAUUGACACAUAAUUAUCACAAAAACAUUUACCACAUGAUCAUAUAUAGAAGUGUAUAGUCUCUGUAGCUGUAGGUUCAAGUCCUACAGGGGGCAUAAUUGGUUUGUACACUUUAGCUAGCGUAGAGAAACAUCACUUGUUUUCUUAUAAUGUAGAGCACAGUAACUGUACAUGACUUUUUGUAUUAUGUCAUAUCGUAACUUUCGUAAAAUUGUGUGUCUUAUAUUAAUUUGCCACCCUAUUUAAAAUUCUCUGCUAUUGUUCUGUAUUACUUAAGUUCUUUUUGUUAAUAGUGUAUUAUGUUGCACAGGUCAAUUGAGGCACUUAAAA